CGGUCUAGUACGACGGGAGAAAAGAACCCUACUAGUACAGCCUUAUCGAGUAGCCUUUCUAGUUCUAGCUCACCAUCCUGCGGGCGUCCUUUUCUUCCUAGUCCUAGCCGUGGCUUUCUGCGAUCGCGUUGUGGCUCUGAAGAUGCUAGUACGACAGCACCAGCGACGCCCAGUGCUUCUAGCACCUAUUCAGGAAUCUCAUCUCUGCCUAGUACACCAAACGUUUCACUACCUUUUCCGAGUUGUACAACUACUAGUUGUAGAACUUCUUCUUCUUCUAAGGACCACUUAGCUGGAGAAGGACCACGAGUAGGAGUUCCAUGGGUUGAGGAAGAAGGAGCACAACAUCUUAGGGUAGAUGAAAAAGGAGCAGCCAAGUACGGAGAUGGACUACCAUUGUCAGGAAGAGCGAGAGCUCUUCGUUUGAAUCGCCGGAUGUUUUCUUCUACUUCGGAGCAAGUGAUCGGCUCUUCGCAAGAGGAGGAAGGGGAAGGCUCUACUUCUGCGCCUCGUGCUGGUCCUGAAAGAGCGGAGCCCGCCUUUGCGUCGAUUUUUCAAAGUCGAC